AUGAAAGAGAUGGAGGACGGAGGCACAGCCGGGAUCAGAAACAGCUUACUGAGGAUGAAGAACAGGGCUGGAAACACGGCGUUGCAUGAGGCGCUGAGGAACGGGAAUAAGGAGGUGGGUAUGUUACUGUGGGAAGAAGAUAGAGAGAUGGUGGGCAGCGUGAAUGAGGCCGGCGAGAGCGUUCUGUACAUGGCGGCUGAGUUAGGGUUUGAUAGAGUGGUGAAGAAGAUGGUGGAGUUCUUGGGGAGGAGCAUGCAACGCGAAGGAGGUGUUCUGCAUGGGGCUCUGAGUGGUCCGGACGGCCAAAACCCCUUGCAUGCUGCUGUUCUUGCUGGAAGCAUUGGAUGCGUGGAUGCUCUCAUAAAUCUCCGGGAAUCAAAAGUCAUCAACGAGCCCGACAACAAAGGAAGAACAGCCCUUCACUUCGCGGCGAAAGCCAAGCAGAAAGAAAUAGCCACUCGCCUCCUCCAAAUCGACCCUUCUUCGGCUUACGCCAAGGACCUCGUCCAUGGCCGGACCCCGCUGCUUGAAGCCGCCUCCUCGGGCCACCUCUGUGUUCUGAGGGAGAUCCUCAAGCACUGUCCUGACACGGUCGAGAUCUCUGACAACGAGGGCAAUAAUGUGGUUCACCUCGCGUUGAAGUGCCGACAGUGUCGCUCUAAGGAGGUGUUGAAAGUGCCUGAGCUGGUGGAGCUGGUGAACGAAGCUGACGGUCGCGGGGACACGCCACUGCACGUUGCGGCUAAGGACCAAAACUACAAGAUGGUGAAGAGGCUGUUGAUGAUUCCUUCGGUGGAUCUGAGGGCCAAGAAUGCCGAUGGGCUCACGGCUCUGGAUAUUUGUGAGUCUCAGUGGCAAUUCACCAAGAAGAAGGCAUACCUCUACCGAUACCUGAAGUACCUCCCGGCCGUCCGUUGCCAAAAGCCUCACAUCUUGAACCACUCUGAAAGCCCCCUCACCCCCCUUGACAACCCCGAAGCCGAUCUCAAGGGCCACGCCAACGCCCUAACCGUUGUGGCCACACUCCUCACCACCAUCACUUUUGCCGCUGCCUUCACAUUGCCUGGAGGUUUCACGCCUGGUGACUCUGGCACUAAUUCACUGCCGUCAUCCCCCUCAUGCAACUUCCCCGACUCUUCUGACCCCCUGCCUCCUACGCAAUUACCUGGCCCUCCCCCCCACUCACCUGGCGACGCUGUCCUCAUCAAUCAACCUGCGUUCAUGGUCUUCAUCCUAACCGACGUCCUCGCCGUCUCUACUUCCCUGACGAUCAUAUUUAUCUUGAUCUCAGCCAUCCUCAGUGACGAGACGUUCUUGAAGAGGGCCAUCGUGUACAGCAAGAAGCUACUCUACCUCGCCCUGGCAGGGACCAUGGUGGCCUACAUUACAGGGCUGUACAGCGUCAUAUCGACCGACGUCGAGUGGUUGGCAAUCACUGUGUGCGCCAUUGGAUCGAGUGUCCCGUUCCUGAUCAGGUAUUUCCAGGUCAAGUGCUUCACUUCGACUCCUGUGUUUCUUCAUCGGUACCUCAACAAGAAGAGCUCUAAGAAGAAGAUGGUUAUCGCGCCUUCAUGCGUCAGUCAGAAUGAGAGGGUUGGCAAUGACUCUGAGUCCUUUGAUGAUGCGGUCCAGCGUAAUGAAGCACCUCGAGUUCAGCUGAGGCAACUUUCCAAGCGAAUUCUGUCGUGCAGAUCAAAAUGA